UCUCUUUCAAAGUUUGGAUCAGUCUAUGGUGUCAUCACAUGACCCUUUAUUUUGUUCCCGUGAUCAAAUUGUGGAAAUUCAAAAAUAAUUACGCGCAAUGGCCAAAGUGAAAAUUGACGUUGAUGACGUGCAUGAAAAUUCGCUUGAUAUCAGUGGAGACGGUGAAUAUAUGGGCAUGGUAGAUGAAGGUUCUUUUGGAAGUAACGAGGAUAGAUCACAACUAGUGUCACAAUCUUACUUGGAUACCAACGAGAAUAGUUCGUACAACUUCAAAGAUAUACCUAGUUCAGUUACCUAUAAAUUAAUCCCUAUGACAGGAGAACAAUCUGGAAACACCAUAACCAACUCACCACCCCAUGGUACUGAAUACUAUGUGAUAAGCAAUCCCGUGGAAGUUUUUGGAACUUCUUCACCAAAGAAAAAUGCCCGCAGGGAUCCUUUGCAAGUUAAAGCCGUCACGGCUAAAAAGCGUGAUGACAAACGGCGUGCCACACACAACGAAGUGGAGAGACGUCGUCGAGAUAAAAUCAACAAUUGGAUCUCUAAGCUAGCCAAUCUAGUGCCUAAUUCUGGACUACCUGACUCGGCAAGCAAAGGCGGGAUCUUAGCCAAAGCCUGUGACCAUAUAACUGACCUUACGGAAAAACAGAAGAGAUUAGAAAAAUUGGAAGUUGAAAACGAGAAACUGGUUAUAGAAAUUUUAAGGCUCAAUCAAGAACUGGCCGAGGUCCGCAAAGAGAACAGCUCGAUGCGCAACCAGUUAGCCGACAACUGCAUAGUCUUAACACACAGGCCAAAAGUCCAGAAGUCUUAGUCAAAGAUUAUAGUGAAGUGUUGAACCACUGACCAUACCAAGGUGCUGACAGCUGUGUUUGUGAAGUGAGCAGUCAUUAGACAUACCACUGAACAAUUUAGCUAAGUACAUGUUGGAAUUAAUACUGUUGGUAUACCCAAUGAUUAUGUUAUUUUGUGUUGAACAGUAAUACUCAACCUUUGGCUGGGUUGAUAACUCACGGGGUCCAAACUAAAGUUAUAAUGAACAAGGCUAACCAGACAGGGAUUAGGAAAGCUUGAGACUUGAUAAUAGUCUAGCCUGUGUAAUAUUUAAGUAGGAAGGUCCAGAAAAGGUUGAGAUUCACUGGCAUAGAAUUAUAUCCAACCAACAAUGUUUUUACAAGAAUGUCUUAUGUUGGUGCAAAUUCAAGUUGAUACCAUUACAAGUAGUACUAAUUAAACCAAUGGUAAAUCUUACAGCAGCUAGAAUGUUAUUUACGUCCAUGUGAAUCAAUGUUUAUUUUGUCCAAUUAUUUUAAUUCAUGUGAAUGUCCACAAUGAAUGUUGUUAUUUUUUUUUCGUUUUAUGAAUAUAAUGAAUUAGUUGAUGUUAUUAUUUCGAAUGUUUCUGUGCUUUGUGAGAUGCCAAUGUUGCCAAACUAUCACGAGAAACAUAUCUGCUUAGAACAGUUUUGAAUGGGAAUGACGAAUCUAUUGCAAUGUUAUUAAUUCAGUUUGAAGUAAAUAAAUAAUUUUGUUUGUUGUUUAAAAUGUUACAUAUCUUUUUAAUACGUCUCGUGUUUAUUGAAAUGUUUGCAAAUUAGUUUUCAUUAACAUGUAGAUGAUGUAUUUAAUUUUACGUUAGAAGAAUGUGUUUUAAGGAUCAUGCUCUUGAAUGUUAUAGAGAAAAUCAUUUUCCAGUCACAUUAAAACUUGAUAUUUAGGUCUUAGCAGAGGCAGUAAAUUGAAAAGACAGACCCGCAACAGAACGCUAGGCAAUUAAAAUUAUAGACUUACAUGGAACACAAUUAAAACUAGUCAAAAUCCAGGCCGAUUAACUUCUUAAGACUUAUUGCAACAUACCUAGCAACAUGCCUGCUAACGGUUGGUGCUACUUUCAAAUCAUUCGAACGUCAAGAUGUUAAUUCUAAAGUACACGCGUGCCGAAAUAAACCGUCUGCACAGAAAAGAUAAAAUGUAUAAAUAUCUAUAUAUCUCAAUUUUAAGACCAUGUUUUAUAGGUCUGUUCAUAGCUAUGGUUUUCAUUAUAGUGUGACUGAUCGGGCGGUUUAUGUACAAUGGCCCCCGAUUACAAGGAAUCUUGUGUGAUUACUAAGAAGUUAAAAGGCCUACAAUGAUGACUCAUAGUGAAUAUAAAUAAAUACUAUUAUUGAUGUGUCUGUGAUGGAUGGCACUAAAGUUUGGUAUACAAAGCCUAAUGAUAGUUAAUUAUGACUCGAUUCUAAGAUGUAGCUAAUUAAAAAAUAAUGUUCGCAGAAAACACAUACAAAUUGUUACUGCGGUUUUCUAGCACUGGUUAAAAUUGAACAAAAGUCUAUUAAGUGCUCGGCCCCAUUUGCACUGAGCGACGACUAAUUUAUUGAAAUAAAAGUUACUAUUUAUUCACCGACUUCGUGCUAAUGGGUCCAAAAUCCUGUAUGAAUGUUCUAAAUAACUAUGUAUGUUGUUCUAAUUAUACAUUUUUAUAUGAUAUACUAGUUAUAAACAAACUUACAGUGUGUAAGUACAUAGUUAUUAAAGUAGGAUAUGCUAGCUUUAAGAGUUGAUUUCUUCAUUAUAAAGUAAUUGGCCGACUAUCAAAUUGAGAAUUGACUGCAUUUAAAUCCUAAUUCAAUGAAAUCAUAUACAUACCGUAUUUGUUCGUAAUAUUACUGGAUAAUAUCAGUUGGUGUUUUAUAUUUUUUUUUAUGUAGCACAGACCUACUUGAAUAUAAUCAGGUGUUGUUGACA